AUGAAGCUCAUUGCAUUUCCAGCAGCAUCGACUGAAAUUUAUUCUCAAUCCUCAACUCUCAGUUAUGAACUCAACCCCAGCACCACUCUUCCUACUACAUCUCAUAGACUAGAUUAUUCCCAGCAUAAACACGGUACAUCAUCAUCAUCAUCAUCAUUUUACCCCACACCAAGUUCCAGUCCACACUCUGAGUCGAGGAAAUCAAGGAAAUCAUCAUCUGGCCAACCACGAGCUCACUCCGGUCAUCAUUCUCGCCCUGAUAGAUCUGGAACCUCUUCAAGUGGGCCCAGAGACAAUUCAUAUCGUGCAGGGUCUAAAAAGGAGUCUGGAAUUAGUUCUAGCAGUAGUAGUGGUGGCAACAAAAAAGACAUCCGUGACAAGGAUCGUGAUCGUCAGGAUGACAAGGACAAUAAACCAGCCAAAGUCCGCCAGCGUACAGCAAUUGCAUGUAACUAUUGUCGUCGAAGAAAGAUACGAUGUUCCGGCAUUCCUGCUAACGACCAGACAAAAAAAUGCAUAAACUGCAUGCGAUUCAGUCAAGAAUGCAUUUUUGCUCCAGUCAUGGGAGUCACUGCAUCAAUCACAAACAUUCCUAUUGUUCAUCCUCAAGAUCCCGCUUAUUUUCAACAGUCUCAGCAAUAUUCAUUAUCUCUUAUGCAACAGCAGCAGCAGCAGCAGCAUCAGCAACAUCAGCAACAUCAGCAACAUCAGCAACAUCAGCAACAUCCGCAUCAACCUCAGCCUCAGCAAAAUAUGGCAUUACCACCGCAACAAAUGGCUCAGCAAUAUCCUCGUCAAUCAUACCCUCCUAACGUCUACCCACAAUACUACGCUCAAUCACAGUACCCUGUCCAACAGAAUAUGCCUCCCCCACAACCACCACCGAUACCUCAGCCUCCUCCGCAGCCUGUGCAACAAGUCCCACCACCACCAACAAGCCAGCAAAUUCCAUCUGGCUAUGGAGCGCGGUAUCCCCCUCCACCUCCUAUUCCGCAGCAAAUUCCACAGCCUUACCCUUCUGUCCAGCAUCAACAACAACUACAAUUACAACAACAGCAACAGCAACAACAGCAACCAAUACCACAACAGCGCACAGCCGCUCCGCCCUACACGCCAAUGUCCCCGCCCCAAUAUCCCUAUUAUCCAGGACCGCCUCCAGAGGCACCAGCAGAGCCGUGGCGCUACGCAGACACGCAACAAUAUCAGCAACAUCAGCAUCAGCAUCAUCAUCAGCAACUGCAACAGCAACAGCAACAGCAUCAACAUCAACAUCAACAUCAACAUCAACAUCAACAUCAACAUCAACAUCAACAUCAACAUCAACAUCAACAUCAACAUCAACAUCAACAUCAACAUCAACAUCAACAUCAACAUCAACAUCAACAUCAACAACCAUCGUUGGGGGCAUCAGUAAUGGGCGUAAGUCUGUCACAGCCUGCCCCUCAUGCACAUUCUCGCCGACCAUCGUCUCAUGGUCAUGCACCUCCUCGCGGCCAAUCACAUAGCCAUCAUCACAAUUCUUCUCCUGGACAGGCCAAUUCGGCACACGCUUCUCCAGCAUUACGCGUAUCGCGAUCUCAGCCAGUCCCGCCGUUACCUCCAUUACAUCGUUCACCGUCGCAAUCUGUGCUCCCGCCGCUCCAAUCUCUUAGCAGUGGGCCGCCUUCUGCUUCAUCUUCAGUUGCACCUUCACGCCGAGCUUCUACUUCACAACAACAUCUACCAGCUCCUUCAGCAAUGCUUUUGACACCGGUUGGUUCUUCUUCAAUACCUACUAUAUCAGCAUCAAGUGAUCCUAGAGACAAUAAUAAAAACUCUUAUGGUACUCACCAACAAAAACAGCCGCCGCCCAUUACUGGGUCACAUCCGGUUCUUGCUCCUUUAAGCAGUUCUAGUCAUUUACGAGGCGGCCAAGAGCACCACCAUGCGUCUUACCAGCAGCAUCAGCAACAAGUUGCAGGUACACGACACCGAAGACACAGUGAUGGAACCGGGGCCGCAGGAGAUUCAGAAAAAGAGGAAAGUGCCAGUGGGCGUGCACGAGGGCGCAAGUCUGGGAAACUGUCGAUCAAGGACUUGUUAGAUUAG